AUGUCAAAUGACACUGACCCACUUAACAAAAUUACACACGGGCCCGAUGUAUACCCGUUCCUCCAGCUCCUCGCUGAGCUUUGCCACCGCAAUCUUGGACUCGAGAGCCUCGAACUACGUUCGACUGUCCGUCUCGAGCACGUGAUCCCUGAUCCUAGCAUGGUCAGCUUUGUGGUGUUCAAUAGCCUCUAG